GCGCCCCGGGCGGCCAGCGGGCGCGGGCGGGCGCGAUGGAGCCGCAGCACGUGCGCCCCGCGCCCGGAGCCCGCAGCCCAGCCCGGGAGGAACCGGAGUCGGAGGGGAUGGCCGGGGCCGGCAGCCAGCACCACCCUCCAGGCGCUGCGGGAGGAGCGGCCGCCGGGACGGGCGCCGCGGUCACCCCCGUCGCUGCCUCGGCGGGGCCGGGAGAGGAUUCGUCCGACAGCGAGGCGGAGCAAGAAGGACCCCAGAAACUGAUCCGCAAAGUGUCCACCUCCGGGCAGAUCCGGACCAAGACCAGUAUCAAAGAGGGACAACUGUUGAAGCAAACCAGUUCUUUCCAAAGGUGGAAAAAGAGAUACUUCAAACUUCGAGGCCGUACACUGUAUUAUGCAAAGGACUCAAAGUCCCUGAUAUUUGAUGAAGUUGACCUCUCAGAUGCCAGCGUUGCUGAAGCAAGCACAAAAAAUGCCAACAACAGCUUCACGAUAAUUACUCCAUUCAGAAGGCUCAUGCUGUGUGCUGAGAACAGAAAAGAGAUGGAGGACUGGAUCAGCUCUCUGAAAUCUGUACAGACCCGAGAACCUUACGAGGUGGCCCAGUUUAAUGUGGAGCAUUUCUCAGGGAUGCAUAACUGGUACGCCUGCUCCCACGCCCGCCCCACCUUCUGUAACGUGUGCAGAGAGAGUCUUUCUGGAGUCACCUCCCAUGGCUUGUCCUGCGAAGUGUGUAAAUUCAAAGCUCACAAAAGAUGUGCAGUGAGGGCAAUAAAUAACUGCAAGUGGACCACCUUGGCCUCCAUCGGGAAGGACAUCAUAGAGGACGAGGACGGAGUCGCCAUGCCUCACCAAUGGCUUGAGGGCAACUUGCCCGUGAGCGCCAAGUGUGCUGUCUGUGACAAAACAUGUGGCAGUGUUCUCCGUCUACAAGACUGGAAAUGCCUUUGGUGUAAAACAAUGGUACACACUGCCUGCAAAGAUUUAUACCCUCCUGUCUGUCCGCUUGGCCAAUGUAAAGUGUCUGUCAUACCUCCAAUUGCACUAAAUAGCACUGAUUCUGAUGGUUUCUGUAGAGCAACGUUUUCAUUCUGUGUUAGUCCUCUGUUGGUUUUUGUCAAUUCUAAGAGUGGAGAUAACCAGGGAGUAAAGUUCCUUCGUCGUUUUAAACAGUUGCUGAAUCCAGCUCAGGUGUUUGAUUUAAUGAAUGGAGGGCCUCACUUAGGUUUAAGAUUAUUUCAGAAGUUCGACAAUUUCCGGAUUCUUGUUUGUGGAGGAGAUGGGAGUGUAGGUUGGGUUUUGUCAGAAAUUGACAAACUCAACUUAAACAAACAGUGUCAGCUUGGUGUAUUACCCUUGGGUACAGGCAAUGACCUUGCUCGAGUUCUUGGCUGGGGAGGUUCAUAUGAUGACGACACUCAACUUCCUCAGAUUCUAGAGAAGCUGGAACGAGCCAGCACCAAAAUGUUGGACAGGUGGAGUAUAAUGACGUAUGAACUCAAAUUGCCACCAAAGGCUUCUCUUCUUCCUGGACCUCCAGAAGCAUCUGAAGAAUUUUAUAUGACGAUUUAUGAAGACUCGGUUGCAGCUCACCUUACAAAAAUUCUCAAUUCCGAUGAGCACGCAGUGGUCAUAUCGUCUGCCAAGAUACUCUGUGAAACGGUAAAAGACUUCGUUGCCAAGGUAGAGAAGGCAUAUGACAAGUCACUGGAAAAUGCAGUUGUGGCUGAAGCUGUGGCUAGUAAAUGCUCAAUCCUAAAUGAGAAGCUGGAACAACUGCUACAAGCCUUACACACAGACUCCCAGGUUUCGCUGGUCCCCCCAGGUAUUGGCUCCGUCAUCCUAGAGGAAGAUGCUGUAGAAUCCUCCAGCGAAGAGUCCUUGGGUGAAAGCAAGGAGCGGCUCGCAGAUGACACUACGAAACACUCCCAGAGAGCUGUGAGAUCCAGGGAAAUUGUGUUGCGGGCCAACAGCUUAAAGAAGGCAGUGAGGCAAGUCAUUGAGGAAGCCGGAAAAGUCAUGGACGAGCAGACAGCUCACCCCUGUGAAGCCCUUCACCCACCUUCUGAUCACGACAGCACAGCAACAGACGAGUCAAAAGAAGAGGGCAAAGGUGACGACACAAGAGAGUUGGCCGCUGCCAAAACUGCACCUCGGUCUCCAGAUGCCCGGGCAAGUCGUGGCCAGUCCCAAGCUGACUCUGUCCCUGGUUCAGCUGUGGCAGCCACCAAAGAAAACCUCCCUGUGCUCAAUACCAGAAUAAUUUGCCCAGGUUUAAGAGCGGGACUAGCUGCCUCCAUCGCUGGGAGCUCUAUUAUCAACAAAAUGCUACUAGCAAACAUCGAUCCCUUUGGUGCGACACCGUUUAUCGACCCAGACCUAGAAUCCCUAGAUGGAUAUUCAGAAAAAUGUGUCAUGAACAAUUACUUUGGGAUUGGAUUAGAUGCAAAAAUUUCAUUAGAAUUUAAUAAUAAGAGAGAAGAGCACCCUGAAAAAUGCAGGAGUCGAACUAAAAACUUGAUGUGGUAUGGAGUCCUUGGGACCCGGGAAUUGUUACAGAGAUCAUACAAGAAUUUAGAACAAAGAGUUCAACUUGAGUGUGAUGGACAGUACAUUCCUCUCCCUAGCUUGCAAGGCAUAGCCGUGUUGAACAUCCCUAGCUACGCCGGAGGCACUAACUUCUGGGGUGGGACCAAGGAGGACGAUAUAUUUGCUGCACCAUCCUUUGAUGACAAGAUCCUGGAAGUCGUUGCAGUAUUUGAUAGUAUGCAAAUGGCAGUUUCCAGGGUCAUCAAACUGCAGCAUCAUCGUAUAGCUCAGUGCCGUACGGUAAAAAUCACCAUAUUUGGCGAUGAGGGAGUCCCAGUGCAGGUGGAUGGAGAAGCAUGGGUUCAGCCUCCAGGGAUUAUCAAAAUUGUGCACAAAAACAGAGCUCAGAUGCUGACAAGGGACAGAGCCUUUGAAAGCACGCUCAAAUCUUGGGAAGACAAACAGAAGUGUGACUCUGGAAAGCCAGUUCUUCGGACCCACUUGUACAUCCAUCACGCCAUUGACCUGGCAACGGAAGAGGUGUCGCAGAUGCAGCUGUGCUCCCAGGCUGCGGAGGAGCUCAUCACUAGGAUUUGUGACGCAGCCACAAUUCACUGUCUUCUGGAGCAAGAACUGGCCCAUGCUGUGAACGCAUGCUCACACGCUCUGAAUAAAGCCAACCCACGGUGCCCGGAGAGUCUUACAAGAGAUACAGCCACUGAAAUAGCCAUGAAUGUGAAGGCGUUAUAUAAUGAAACAGAAUCUCUGCUGGUUGGCAGGGUUCCUUUGCAAUUGGAAUCCCCACAUGAAGAGCGGGUGUCCAGUGCCUUACACUCUGUGGAGGUGGAGUUGCAGAAGUUAACAGAGAUCCCCUGGCUUUAUUAUAUCUUACACCCCAAUGAGGAUGAGGAGCCUCCUAUGGAUUGCAGCAAAAGAAACAACAGAAGCACAGUGUUUCGUAUAGUGCCAAAGUUUAAAAAGGAAAAGGUUCAGAAGCAGAAGACAAGUUCACAGCCCGUUCAGAAAUGGGGCACAGAGGAAGUUGCUGCUUGGCUGGAUCUACUCAAUUUGGGAGAGUACAAAGAAAUCUUCAUCCGCCAUGACAUCAGAGGGGCUGAACUUUUGCAUCUGGAAAGGCGAGAUCUUAAGGACCUGGGGAUACCGAAAGUGGGCCAUAUGAAGCGAAUUCUUCAGGGAAUUAAAGAGCUUGGAAGGAGCACUCCCCAGUCUGAGGUGUGAUCAUAUUGGUGCUAUUCCAUGGAAGAGAAGUAAUUGCUACUUAAUACACAGUUCUUGGAAGCAGCUGGCUGUUCUUGUAGCUUUCUGCAUACAUAAAUAAGCACCACUGAAGCACCUCACCUCUAUGGCUUGAUGUUCUGCUGUGGGUGAAAAUUUUGAUUUGAGGUAUUAGAAAAUGUUUUUUGUGCCAAAAAAUACAUUCCACAAAGCCAUUUUCUUACUCUGUAAACCUGAUAUGUUCCAACAUGCUUACAAUAGUUUAUAAAAAAAAAAAGUAGGGGGAGUCUGAGAUGAUCGUGCUGUCUAAAGGGUAGAACUGCUGGUGGUUACUCUCCUAGGAUCCGGUCUAAUUGCAGGUUCUUCCUGGGCAACUGUGUAAUAGUAUGUGGCUAAAACUUUUUAGGCUUCAUUACUGGAAGCUUCAGCUUCUUCCUUAAAAUCAUUGGGUAGUAGAUGAAGAGAGAAGUUAAGUUGUAUGUCGAAUAUCUCAGCAUUCACUGGUAAAGAAUAUGGUUAAGCCAACCCAUCAACUACUAUGAAUAAUGCAAACCUUCCUGCACGGUAUUCCUGCCUGAAUCGUCUUUCUUUUUCUUGCAUGUCAUAUCUAAUAUUGUAACACUUUAAUAGCUUUAAUGUCAGUUUUCAUGGAAUUUAAUUUAUUACUAUCCAAGUACCUUUUUGUUGGCUAAGGUCACUGCACUUUUCUGUUCUUUAAUGUGCAUUUUUACAUAUAUAUUCUAUACCUAAGACUCUGUGAACAUGUUGUGCCAUAAUCAACAAAUUAUAUACAUUUUAUCAAGCCAGUUUUACUUCGACCUAUUACAAACUGUAGUUGUACACAUUAAGAAAAAUUCUCUGAACAGUUUCAUAAGCUUACAUGUUCUGUUGUCUCACAAAACCAUAUUGUAGCUUUUCCAAA